UCUAAAUUUAUCUAAGGGAUAUCCUUUUGGAAAGAUGAUAUCAGAGUUAAGAUUAUUUUACUAUAUCUGAAUUAAAACUGACUGAACGUCAGAGAAUGUUCUAACGGUGCGAACAUUUAACAUUCGUAACAACUCAGAAUGAUUCGUCGUGAAAUAGCUGCGUCUGAUUUUAUCGCGAUGUUAGGAAGGGAUGUUUGGAAAACAUGGCAUAGCAGAGUGCGUUUAGCCACGCAUUUCGCCACUAUAAAAUCGAUCGCUCAACCAGCCAGCAGCAAUCAUCGACGUAGCUCGAUUGAUGAUCGACUUUUCUCCAAGGAUCCGAAUAGAAAGUUACAUAAAGAAUGAAGCUCCUAACAGUUUUGUUAGUGUUAUUCUUCUUGAAAGUGAGUAGAAGUCGUAUCUUUCUCGUUAGUAUCGAUUCAACGUUGAUAAAUCUGUUUCUAGGUACAGUACGGAUCCUUCGCUAAAUUAGGAUCGACAGAAAAUCAAACGCAAGAAGGUGAACAGCGAAGCGUCCGAGUUCAGCGGGUCUCUGACCGCGAGUUCCCCGGAAAUGACUUGCGUCGGACAGAAAACUCCAUAGAAGAAAUCGUGAAUCUACGUGCGGCUCUAUUAGGAAGCGGCGAUUAUUUCGAGAAACUUCGCAGAGACUUUCCUAAUUUAGACAAUCUAAUACAACAGGAAGCGAGUAUCAGUCAUAAACCACACAAUCGUAUUUUAACGUGCAAAGUGCUUCUAAUUUUUUCCGAAGAAAUUACAGGGGCACGAUCUGCCAGUGAAAAUAAGAAAAAGAUGUAUUAAUAAUAAUGAUACAUUGAUAAUAAUGCAGCGAUUAAUUUAAUAUUUCAGGCUCGAUUAAUGGAGGAAUUCAUAAUGGUCGUGAGAGACUUGGUCGAGGAGGGCAUCAUCACAUUGAAAAAUCUUGACCUGGCGAUCAACGAAAUGAUGAAUACCAGCGCGAUACCAACGUCCAUAAAACCGAUGUCGAAGACCGAUAAUGGUUUGGCGAAUAUUCUAAAUUCGCUGGAACAGCUAGACUUUUACCAACGUGACGAUCAGGGAAACGAGAAUCGGGAGAACUCGAGAAUUCCAAACCGCAUCGAAUCGGUGAACAAGUUGGAAUUAAAAAAGGCGAAGACCGCCGGACAAUUGGACAACGUAAUGGUGAAAUUGCAUAAACACUUGGCUUUCGUUCAAAGUGUGUUUGCCAGAAUUUGCAGGAAACAUCACUCUGAAACGCUGUUGACUCAGUCGAGCUCAAGCGAUCCUGAAAAGUUCGCGUCGAUGAAUCAGCCCAAGAAAGUGUCGAUACUUUAGAGUUUAGGCGAUUACAAAGCAAAGUUUAUGAAACUAGUACGAGUGGCGAAUUAAUAUCUUCCUUUGUACAAUUUCUUCUCGAUAAAUAAUUGUACGUUUCCUGAAUAAAAAUUUUUUCCAUAAAAA